GGUGGGCGCGCGCCAGGGCGGCGGGCACAGCCAUGGCGGCGGCGGCCGAGCGGAGCCGCCUCAGCUUCCCCGGCGGCACCGGGGCCCUGGGGCGGCCCGUGCCUAUGAACCUUUUCGCCACCUGGGAGAUCGACGGCUCCAGCCCCAGCUGCGUCCCCAGGUUGUGCAGCUUGACAUUAAAGAAACUGGUAGUCUUAAAGGAAUUGGAUAAGGAGCUUAUUUCUGGGGUCAUUGCUGUCAAAAUGCAGGGCUCCAAGCGCAUCCUGCGGUCUCACGAGAUCGUGUUGCCCCCGAGCGGACACGUGGAGACGGAGCUGGCUCUGACCUUCUCGCUGCAGUACCCUCACUUCUUGAAGAGAGAAGGCAACAAGCUCCAGAUCAUGCUGCAGCGGCGGAAGCGGUACAAGAACCGAACCAUUUUAGGCUACAAGACCCUGGCUGUGGGGUGCAUCAACAUGGCUGAGGUCAUGCAGCACCCUACAGAAGGUGGGCAGGUUCUGAGCCUUUUCAGCAACAUCAAAGAGGCUCCAGUGAAGGUUGCAGAAAUCUGGAUCUUCUCCUUGUCAAGUCAGCCAAUCGACCAUGAAGACAGCACCAUGCAGGCCAGCCAGAAAAUCAAGUCUACAGACAACUAUUCCGAGGAAGAGUACGAGAGCUUCUCUUCUGAGCAGGAGGCCAGUGAUGAUGCCGUGCAGGGCCAGGAUUUGGAUGAUGAUGAGUACGAGAUGGGGAAGCCCAAGAAGCAGCGGAGAUCGAUAGUAAGAACGACGUCCAUAACCAGGCAACAAAACUUCAAACAGAAGGUUGUGGCAUUGCUGAAGAGGUUUAAAGUGUCUGAUGAGGUUCUGGAUUCAGAGCAGGACCCAGCAGAGCACGUUCCAGAGGUGGAGGAGGAUUUGGACCUUCUGUACGACACGCUGGAUAUAGAGAACCCCAGUGACAGCGGGCCAGAAAUGGAGGAUGAUGACAGUGUCUUGAGCACUCCAAAGCCAAAGUUAAAACCUUACUUUGAAGGACUGUCACACUCCAGCUCUCAGACAGAAAUUGGUAGCAUCCACAGCAUCAGGAGCCAGAGAGAGCCACCAAGUCCUCAGGUAGAAGUGCCUGAAAAGACAAAGAGUCUUGGAACCAAACACGGAGGCGACAGUGUUUCUGACUCUGUCCCUUAUGAGUCUAACCAGCAAGCUGAGGUGCAGGAGGCUGAGCUCCCCACUCCAGAUGUGUUUGUGGAGAAGCUCCCGCCCAGCGGGAAGAUCACAAAGACAGAGUCCCUCAUCAUCCCAUCCACCAGCAGGUCUGAAGGGAAGCAGACGGGGCGCCGGGGGAGAAGCACAUCCCUGAAGGAGCGGCAGCCGGUGCGGCCGCAGAACGAGAGAGCCAACAGCCUGGACAACGAGCGCUCCCCAGACACCCGGCACCACCUGCAGAUCCCCAGGAAAACAGUGUACGAUCAGCUAAAUCACAUCCUGGUUUCUGACGACCAGCUGCCAGAAAACAUUAUCCUUGUCAAUACAUCUGACUGGCAAGGCCAGUACCUUUCAGAUGUCUUGCAAAAGCACACCUUGCCAGUGGUCUGCACAUGUUCCUCUGCUGAUAUUCAGGCAGCUUUCAGCACAAUUGUCUCCAGGAUACAGAGAUACUGUAACUGCAAUUCACAGCCUCCAAACCCAAUUAAAAUUGCAGUGGCAGGAGCCCAGAAUUACCUCAGUGCUGUGUUGAGGCUCUUUGUAGAGCAGCUGUCUCACAAAACCCCCGACUGGCUCGGCUACAUGAAAUUUCUGAUCAUCCCUCUAGGCUCUCAUCCAGUGGCCAAGUAUCUGGGGUCUGUAGAUUAUAGAUACAACAACUUCUUCCAAGAUCUAGCCUGGAGAGAUCUGUUCAACAAACUUGAAGCACAGACCACUGUUUCGGAAGCGCCCGACGUCGUGUCCCGGAUAACGCAGUACAUAGCAGGGGCAAACUGUGCUCACCAGCUGCCCAUUGCUGAAGCCAUGCUGACCUACAAGCAGAAGAGGAAAAAGAGCUUUCAUUUUGAUUUUGCUAUAAGCCCCGACGAAGAAUCCUCGCAGAAGUUCAUUCCCUUUGUCGGGGUGGUGAAAGUUGGAAUAGUGGAACAAUCUUCUGCAACAUCGGGUGACUCUGAUGACGCAGCUCCCUCAAGCUCGGUUGUCCUUUCUUCCACCCCGCCUUCCGUGUCUCCUGCUGUGAAAGAAGCCUCCCCCACACCCCCUUCCUCACCAUCUGUUACAGGCAGCUUCUCCUCCCCAAGCCAGGGCCUCGGUGCUGAGCUGAUGGGCCUGCAGGUGGAUUACUGGAUUGCAGCUCCACCCGUGGACAGGAAGAGAGACCCGGAGAAGAAGGACCCCUCCACUACCAAAAACACACUGAAAUGCACUUUCCGGUCCCUCCAGGUCAGCAGGCUGCCUGCCAGCGGCGAGAUCGCCACCACGCCAACCAUGUCCAUGACUGUUGUGACAAAAGAAAAGAACAAAAAAGUGAUGUUUUUGCCCAAGAAAACAAAGGACAAGGAGGUUGAGUCUAAGAGCCAGUGUAUUGAAGGAAUCAGCAGGUUGAUUUGCACAGCAAAACAUCAGCAGAACAUGCUGCGUGUCCUGAUCGAUGGGGUGGAGUGGAACGACGUCAAGUUCUUUCAGCUGGCAGCACAGUGGUCCUCUCACGUCAAGCACUUUCCCAUCUGCAUAUUUGGACACUCCAAAUCCAACUUCUAGCUGUGCUCGGUGCAGGGACCUUCUGCCCAUCCCGAGGACUGCACACCAGGAGCCAGGAACUGCGUGCCAACUCUGACUCGUGUCGCUCUGCCCUCUCCUGCAGAAUUAAUUACAGAUGUGCUUGGAUUACUUUUGAAUUACUUUUUUCUAUUAACUCUUAAGUUUACUACAAAGGAAGGAAACCCCUUUAAGCAAAGGCAAAAAAAAAAAAAAAAAGAAAAAAAGCAAAAACAAAACAACAAACCAGUCUUAAAUAUGGAUGUGCUGACAACGUGAAGUCGUGGGGGAGUUGGCAGGAGCAGGCAACCUGCCCAAGAACACCUACCACUUACGAGCAGAUAGCUGAGUAACUGCACUGCUUAUUAACCUGAGACCUCAUUGGUGUGAGUGGGCUGGGGGAGCCGUGGAUCAGCUCGAACACAUUUUGCAGAAGAUCACGCGUGUUCCGGUGCGUUUGGCCUCCACUCUGUAUUUCUAGGAGAAAAGGAUGGCCAGUCUUUCUUCCUGCUGCCAAAGGACGAGAGAUCAGCGAGUCUGGAGGGAGUUAAGCUGUCUGGAGUGGAAAACAAGCCACUUGCAGAGUUAGGGAGGUCUGGAGAGGAGAUCCCCUUUGGAGCACUGAGCCUGCCACGGGGACAGGCAGUGUUCGUGCUGAAGCGAUGCCUGAGGAGGGCUGGGCAGGAGCAGGAAUUAGGGAAACACUGAGUGUAAGGAAACUCCCGUGUCCCAGGUCUUUGACAAUGACCAAAAUGAGCCAGUCUCUGUGUUCCCCAGCUGGCUGUGCUGCUGAGGGGCACCACGUCAGUGGGGUCGCUGCUAUUUACAUACUCACACCGAUUAUUUACCUGUCAAUAAAACCUCGUCCAGCCUCGAAAGGGAAAGGAUUUUUUUUAACAGCUGCAGAUUUUUUUUAAUGCUUUCUAAAAAAAUAAAAAUAAAAUAAAAACAAAAAAUAACAGGAAAGAUAUUAAUUUGCCAAAAAGCACCCCACAAACCCAGGAAGAUGAGCCGUUGUCUGUGGAGUGAUGCAUCACUGUAGUGGCUGGACUGGGAGCCAGGCAGGCACUCUGUGUGUGCAGCUGCCUGCCUGUCCCUGUGUCACACUGCACACCUGAGGUGGCACAGGCUGCUCUCUCAGCUGCUGGGUGGGAUAAAGGGAGCAGGGUGUUGCUGCCAUCUGGAAGAACAGACAUCUCUGGCGUUUCAGGGUAAGGGACUGAAAUUUCUCAUGGGCCCGUUUGGGUCCCCCCCUUGCGGGCAGGCCAGGCUCUGUGAGCAUUUCCAGAAGGCACUUUCUGAGGGCAGUGAUGCUUUUAAACUUAAUUCUUUAUUUUUUUUUUCCUUUUUUUCUUUAUUUUUUUUCCUUUUUUUAACCUGAUCCCUUACCCUUGGGUUUUUCAAGGCUUGGGGAACCCGCUCUGCGCUGCACGGCAGGUCCUGCUCUGCGUGGGGACACCGGGUUCUGUUGGGCAGGUACUGGUGGUGUGCUCUGCUAGCAGGGAGGUUCUGAGGUGAGAGCUGCAUCUCGUGCUUGUCACAGCUUGGGCUGCUCCACCAGCUGCUGUCUUCAAACCCUUUCCCAGCACAAGGGCAGCCUCCAUGGGUCUGGCUAUUCCCAGGACUGUCCCCAGCCUGGUGGCACGCUGCUGGCCAGGACACAUUGUCUGGCUGCCAUACUUUGUUCUUCCUGCCUGCCAUGUGCUGGCCCCUGGCUGUGGCAGAAGCUGGGUGUAGUGGGGAUGUUGUCGUGUCCCUCACUGACGUUUUUGGGUGACCUGAGCUGCUGCUCUGGGGCUGUAGAGCGUUGCCUAGCAGCAGCAGCGUGGGAGAGGGUGUGUAAGCACAUCACAUCUUUAUCGAGGCUGUUGCAUCAAAGAAAAAGCUUUGUAAAGGAGAUUAGUCAGUGUGUGACUUCUCCCUGGGAUCUCACACUGCUGUGACAAGGGUGACUGGGCUGGGUUCCAGCUGUGGGCAGCCUGGGCAGCUCUGGUGGUGCUGCUGCAGAGGUGGGGUGGACUGACCGACUGCAAUAACUUUGUUUACUGGGGGGUGAGGGGAGAACCAUCACUGUGCUCCUCUUUGUAUUUCAACCUACUGUAAAGAAAAACCUGGUAGCUAGGACAGGGUCUCCAGAGUCCUGCCUAUCAAAUGUGUGUUGCCCUGCUGUACUCUGUGCGUGUGUGUGUGUGUGUAUGUGUGAGAGAAACACUUCUGCUUGUUGCAUUUCAUGUUGGUUUGUGUUUUGUUCUAACUUUGUACAAGCGAAUUCGUCGGGAGACUCUCUGUACACCCGAGGGCUUGAUUUCUCCCCUGUGGAAAGAUGAUGUUGCUCUGAAACGCGUCUUCCGUGCAAGAAAACAUCCUGACUUCUCAGCCUUGUUAUCCCAGAGGGAGUCCAGCACCCAGCUGUGUGCCCAGGGGUGGCUGAGGUGUUUCCUGCUCCUGGAGGCAAGGGCUGGCAUGCAAAUUUGGUGGCACAGCUCCGAUCAGGUUGUUGUGCCACUGUUGUUUCUCCUGUGGAGCCACUUUGUGCGGCUGUUUCUCUCCCUGUCUGCGGUAGAAACAGGUUGCUGUCUCUAAGAAAAACAAGUGUCAAAGCACAUGGCUCAGACUGUUUUAAAGAAGGAGCUUUAGACCUGGUCCUGUGAAUGAGUGACUGAUCUCAGGCCUCCCAACUUCCCCAGCAGUUUCUGGGGGGGCCUUGGCAGGAGUGAGCCCCACUGAGGGAGCAAGGAAGAGUUUUUGGAGCAGCAGUGGGCCCGUGCCUGCAGAGCUGUGCCAGCCUGUGGGGCUGGGUGGUCAUGGCCACGUCAGUGAGUGCAGAAGGAUGGCUCAGGGCACAGACAGCACCGCUCUGUGUUCAGCUCUGGAGAGUUUGGGCAGGGAAGGUACAUCUCAGAUGAAGAAACUCAGGGGAGCUAUCUCCCCUGUAAGCUGGGCUUGCUUUGGAGCUCUGUGGUCUGACAACAAAGGCAGGGCUGGGGUGGGCAGCACCUGAGUGGAUCUCUGGCCAAGAGGUGCUUUGAAGGUGGUGUCCCUGGUGUGUCCCUUUGUGUCCCAGAGCUCAGCCCAGCCCUCUCAGGGCCAGUGUCUCCUGUCCCUCUGGCUGUGGCUUCUCAGAGCACUGGUUUCUUGGCCCGGCCUGGCGCGGGGUGAGCUCUGGGGAGCGGGCUGGCUCCGCGCUGAGCUGCACCACGCUGACCUAGUUAGCAGCUCCAGAGAGCAGAUGAAAGGUGGAAGGCUUUUGUGGCAUCGUGUUGCACCUUGAGUGCUUCCUGCUCCUCUGGCUUGAGUUUCCUGGAGACAAAGACCUCAGCCCUGCCAGCGCUCAGCCAGGGCUGGCUCUGCCGUGGCACUGGUGGCGUUGGGGACAUCUCGUGUGGCUGUUUGAGCUCAGAGCUGCAGUUCCCAUCCGGUUCAGCUGUCACUGUUUACGUGGCAGCGGUGACUGCAGAGUCCUCCUGAAUUACACAUGAGUUUGGGGAGAGCCGUGGUCUCUUUGGCUGUGUUUUGCUGCUUUAAUUAGAACACAAGAUAAAGCUUGUGGCUUUUUCCUGCAGAGAGGGCAGGGGUAGGUGGCUGGGAGGUUCCUGGGGCUGAGGAGAUGUUCCUGUUUGCUUUCCAUCAUCACACUCAGCCAGGAACCACACUGCCCUGUGCUUAACCUGUGAUUGCAACAAAGGCCCCGUCAUGUUUCUCACCAGCAGCGUGUGCUGGUGGGAGCACUGGAGAGCCAGGGCAGAGGAUGCUGCGCCCGGCAUCUCCAAGGUUAAGAGGGAAAUCAAGAGGCAGCAGAACCAGUGGUCUUUUCCUGCUGCUUGGUGUGCUAAGGGAUUGGGAAACUGAGAUUAGGACAGUCCUGCCAUGCUUGGGGCCCUGGAGCUUUCUUGGAGUUAGGUUGGAUGCAGUGUCUGUCCCCUUCAUCUGGGAGUUCUUGAUCUCAGCAGGCAUUUGAGUAGUGGCAUUUUAAUGUGACACUCCCUCUGGGCUUAACCUGGCAGGAGAAGGCCAGAAAUGAGCAGCAGCAUCUCCUGGAGGUUUCCUGGAGCCUCCUCGAUGGUGUUCUCAUGGGAGAUGUUCCUGGCAGGGCUGGCUCCUGCAGGAAGGAUCGCUCUGGUGCUUUGGGACAGACUGGGGCAGAAGGGGAUGUGCCAACUUGUGAAGCAGCAGGUCGCUGGUUUCCUUCAGGAGGAGCACUGCUCUGGGGCCACAUCCAGCCAGCUGCAGCUUGGAGUCUUGGCUGGAGGGCGGUCAGAGCAUCACCUGCAGACGUGCCCCAGCCGUGGGGAAGCGCCUGAAUCCUGACAAUGCCACCAGGCUUGUCCGGACCGCGGCGUGUGGGGGGACGUUACUGCUUUGUAGAAUCCCGAGCUGUCCAUCUGUUUCAUUGUUGUAUUGUUUGGGUUCUAGGGUUGUUUUUUAUGAAGACAGAUUAAAUGUAAAUAGCCUUUUUUUUGGAACAAACCGCAACGUGCUCGACCUCGUCAACUAUUUUAUGGUACUAAUGCAACACUAAUAAAACUGGACAUGAAAGCACA